AUUUCGCCGAACGAGUCUCCGGAACAUUGUUCUCGGUUCGGAAAUUGCACUUCUUUCUGUCGCUCUGGAUCGGAAGUUAGGGUUAGGGUUUCUUGGAUUUAUUUGUGAGAGAAAAUGAGUUCUACCGGUGGAUCCACGAAGGGAGGAAGGGGGAAGCCGAAGGCUUCGAAAUCCACAUCGAGAUCGCAGAAGGCUGGCCUACAGUUUCCGGUGGGGAGGAUCGCGAGGUUCUUGAAGGCUGGGAAGUACGCCGAGCGUGUUGGUGCGGGAGCUCCUGUCUAUCUCUCCGCCGUGCUCGAGUACCUUGCUGCGGAGGUCUUAGAACUUGCUGGAAAUGCUGCGAGAGAUAAUAAAAAGAGCAGGAUUGUACCUAGACACAUUCAGCUUGCGGUGAGGAAUGAUGAGGAGCUGAGCAAGCUUCUUGGCUCUGUUACCAUUGCUAAUGGUGGUGUUUUGCCUAACAUCCACCAGAACCUUCUCCCCAGUAAGAUCGGUAAGGGUGGCAAGGGUGAUAUUGGGUCUGCUUCCCAGGAGUUCUAGGUUUUCUCAGCAAAUUUUCUCACAGUUGUAAAAUUCUAGGCCUUUUAAAAAGUUUUGCAUCCUCAAGUCCCAUGCGGGCUUUUGUAUCAAUCUAAAUCAAAUUUCAUGGUUCAUGCUUUUCAAAUCUCUGCAAUCAUCUUUCGUUCUUCCCCUGAUUUUGAUUUUGAUUUUUUAUCAAUUGAAAUUUACUUAUGAAUGAGCAAAAAUCUGAUGUAAGAUAAGAUCUUAUUAUG